AUGAAUAUCUUAAAAGCUUUUAAUUUUUAUAUCAUAUUAUUGGUUCCUUACUUUUUAGUAUUUAUUCCUGACUUUCGUUUAUCACCAAAAUCAUUAAAACAUAUAUUACAAAUAGAUUAUCAUGAAAUGAAAUUAAUAUCAAAAAGAAAUCUUGCAGAAAGUAUUCCAUAUGUACGUGAAUUUUAUAGUAAAACUACAGACGAUAACACAUUUAUAGAAAAAGAUAUUUUCAUAGAUAAAUUCCCAUAUGCAGAGUAUCUUUUAUCUCUAGAAUUAUUUAAUAAAGUGUAUAAUGAAAAUUAUAGCAUAGAACAAGCUACAGGUAAUAUGGAAGCUAUGCUUGAAAAAAUUAACAGUAGAUUUCAUUUUGAAGGAAUAAAUAUACCUCUUUCUGAAAUGUUUAAUAUAAUAAACAGAAUGACUGAACGUACUAUAGAAUUUUCUUUAGAAUCACCUGAGACUAGGAAAACCCUUUUCAAAAAAAUUCUUGAAUUGGAGAGAGAAGCAACUGAAGAAUUACUGAAAAGUUUAAUUACUGGUGAUGAAGAAGUAAAAAUUAAUAAUAGAGAUAAUAUGGAUAGAAUAUUAGAAAUAGUGCAUAUAGAGGUACCAGAAAAGUUACCACAGGGAUAA